AUGCCCCUCUCCUGCAAGAAGGUCCUCGUCGCCCACCAGACAUGUGGCGAUCGCCACCAGGGUCCCGACAACAUCUCAGACGUGAUGUGCAAGCACUGCUAUCAAAAGACCCAGGUCGAGGUCCCCGAGCCUACCCUGAAGGACAAGGCAAAGUACUACGCCAGGAAGCUCAACCCCUCGGGCGGUUCCUCAUCAAAGGUGCGUCCAUAUACGGCCACGCCGGUGCCUCUACUCGACGACCGAGUUGUACAGGAGCUGUCGGAGAUUGCAAACAAGAAGCGCCGAAGCUCGCAUGGCCCUACUCCCGGUCAAUAA